GUGUAUGGAACCGAAGGAUCCAAGAUUGUGAAAGCUUUUAGGAAUCUUCCUGGUGUUGAGCUUUGUCACGUUGAGAGGCUUAACUUGUUGAAGUUAGCUCCUGGUGGUCACUUAGGUAGGUUUGUGAUUUGGACCAAGUCAGCUUUCGAGAAGCUUGAGUCGAUCUAUGGCUCAUUCGAGAAGCCAUCUGAGAAGAAGAAGGGUUACGUCUUGCCUCGUUCCAAGAUGGUGAACGCUGAUCUUGCUAGGAUUAUUAACUCUGAUGAGGUACAGAGUGUGGUGAAUCCGAUUAAGAAGGAUGCUAAGAGAGCUGUUCUUAAGAAGAACCCAUUGAAGAACCUUAAUGUGAUGCUUAAGUUGAAUCCUUAUGCUAAGACUGCUAAGAGGAUGUCUCUGUUGGCUGAAGCUCAAAGGGUUAAGUCUAAGAAGGAGAAGCUCGAGAAGAAGAGGAAGGUCGUCACUAAGGAGGAGGCACAAGCAAUCAAAGCCGCAGGCAAGGCUUGGUACCAGACUAUGAUCUCAGACAGUGACUACACCGUUAAGAACUAUGAACAUGUUUUUCAAACUCUUUUCAAUCUUCCCCCUAGGUGCCUAUACUCUCAAUUCAAACAAUUGUCAUGUGUUGAUAAGAACAAGUGAAACUUGAAGUUAUCGUGUAUAACUAAAGUCGUUCGUUCGUAA